UGCGUACAACUACGCCAAAACGCAGUCUCAGUUUAUGGAAGUGAUGCUGCAUCUACAGGCGCACUCUCCACCUGCUCCGGUACACUGACAGCCCAUGAGUAUUUCUCAAAAUAGAUAUUUUGCUCUCUAUCAUUUUGUCAAACCACGGGAUGACAUAAAAUGAGGAUGUUUUAAACGAUUUACAAGUUCUUUAGCUGUCAAUAAAACGUACAGAGAAAAAGAAAACAAUUUAACUAAACAGUUACCGUACAUGACGAGCAGCGUUCCCGGGUUUUUCCCGUUAUGACUGUAUGAAUGCACUGAAAUAAAAGUCAAACCCAUUUGGAGCAGCACUAUCGCUCUGCGCGCGUGGGAUUCAAGCAGUAGCCAGCCGCGAGACAUCUGAGGAAUUACAUCGUCUCUCCUAAAAGUCACUCGCAGAUAUUUUUCGCUGUUCGUCCGUGGACCUUGGACUUUUUCAUGGACAUGGAUUGUUUUCUCUAGUUGGAUGCCGACUGGUCACUACGUGAAGCUGUUUGAUUCUGGGAUUUUCUUCAGUCUGCUCCAGCAGUGAUGCCGCUACGUGACGGGAAUUGAGAGUUUCCAUAUUCACAGAGAAAUCCGAGACUUUGCAGAUCUUUGGAGAGAGUGCAGCACCUACUCUGAGUAUGGACUUGGCAAGUGAGGCCCAUGUUCUGGUGGUUUUACUCACCUGCCUGUUCUUGAUGUGCCAGGCUCAAGAGAAGGACUACACCAUAAAAGAGGAACAGCCGGAGAAUGUGCGCAUCGGAAACCUGCGCAAAGACCUCAACUUGAACCUUGAUCCAGACAUUAAACUGUCUUCUGCGCUGCAGUUUAAACCUGUCUACAAGACGGGUGAUGUGCCUUUGGUUAAAGUAGAGGCAAGCACGGGAGAGAUCUUUACCACAGCCAACCGCAUCGACCGUGAGAAACUCUGUUCCAGAGUCUUCAAUGAUAAGCGCUGCUUUUACGAGAUCGAGGUCGCCGUGCUACCAGACGAGAUUUUCCGACUGGUCAAGAUACGUUUUCUCAUCGAAGACAUCAACGACAAUGCCCCGCUCUUUCAAUCAACUGUUAUCAACAUAUCCAUUCCAGAAAACACAGCCAUCAACAGCCGCUACCCUGUCCCUUCCGCAUUUGACCCUGAUAUAGGGAUCAAUGGGAUUCAACACUACGAGCUUGUCAAGAGUGUAAGUGAAUUUGGUCUGGACAUCAUUGAGACGCCUGAAGGAGACAAAUGGCCCCAACUCAUAGUCCAACAGAGCCUCGAUCGGGAGAUGAAGGACACCUUUGUGAUGAAAAUUAAAGUAGAGGAUGGUGGCACCCCUCCAAAGUCCAGCACAGCUAUUCUGCAGGUCACCGUCUCAGAUGUGAAUGACAAUCGGCCAGUGUUCAAGGACAGCGAGGUGGAGGUAAACGUUCCUGAGAAUGCCCCAAUGGGAACAUCUGUCACUCACCUUCAUGCCACAGAUGCUGAUCUGGGAUCCAAUGCUCAGAUUCACUUCUCCUUCAGCAACCAAAUAUCCCCUUCCACCAAACAACAUUUUGCUAUUGACAGCACAAAUGGACUGAUUACUGUCAAGCAGCCAUUGGACAGGGAAUUCAACCCGGUGCACAAGCUUAUAGUGCUGGCCAGUGACGGUAGCUCUACCCCUUCAAGGGCUACAGUGAUAGUCAAUGUAACAGACACUAAUGACAACGUCCCCUCUAUAGACACCCGUUAUAUAAUGAAUCUUGUAAAUGGCACUGUGCUGUUGUCUGAAAAUGCCCCCCUUAACACAAAAAUAGCUCUAAUUACUGUGAUGGACAGAGAUUCAGAUCUGAAUGGCAAAGUGACUUGUUACACUGAUCAUGAUGUACCUUUUAGACUGAAGCCAGUCUUCAAUGACCAGUUUUUGCUUGAAACUGCUGCUCCUUUAGAUUAUGAGACCACUCGAGAGUAUGCAAUUAGGAUAGUUGCAUCUGACUCUGGGAAACCUGCUUUGAACACUUCGGCAAUGGUUCUGAUUAAAAUAAAGGAUGAGAAUGACAAUGUCCCAGUUUUCCCUCAGCCUGAAAUCCAGCUGUCCAUUCCGGAAAACAAUGACCCGGGCACACAGUUGAUAAAAAUCAGUGCAACAGAUGCAGAUAGCGGUUCUAAUGCCCUUAUUAUUUACAGUCUUGGCCCAGAUGCUCCUGAUGGAUUUAACAUAAAUCUCCGAUCUGGAAUCCUUUCUGUUGUCAAAAGGCUGGAUAGGGAGAAGCAGGAGAAGUAUUCAUUCACAGUCAUUGCCAGGGAUAAUGGUUCUACCCCUCUCCAAAGCAAUGUCACAGUGAAGCUAAUAGUCCAAGACCAAAAUGACAACAGUCCAGCCUUUACCCAUCCCGAGUACAACUUCUAUGUGCCUGAGAACCUGCCUUUAUAUGGGACAGUGGGUUUGAUCACUGUCACUGAUGCAGAUGCUGGCGACAAUGCAGUCGUCACUCUCUCGAUCAUAAAUGGGAAGGACAAUUUCAUCAUCGACCCCAAAACCGGGGUGAUCAAACCAAACAUUACCUUUGACAGGGAGCAACAAAGUUCCUACACGUUUGUUGUCAAGGCUGUUGAUGCAGGUCAAACGCAAACCACCUCCUAUGCCAAGGUCACCAUAAAUGUUGUUGAUGUGAAUGACAAUCGACCAGUGUUUGUCAUUCCCUCCUCAAACUACUCCUAUGAUCUAGUACCUUCAACCACCAGCCCUGGAUCAGUGGUGACCAGAGUAUUUGCCAUUGACAAUGACACUGGGAUGAAUGCUGAGUUGCAGUACAGUAUUAUUGGAGGGUCACCGAGAGGAUUGUUUGCCAUUGACAAAAUGACAGGUAACAUUACUCUGCAGGAGAAGAUUAUAGCUUCAGAUCAAGGUCUCCACAGGCUGGUGGUAAAGGUAAAAGACUUGGGACAGCCUGAGUCCUUACAUGCAAUCGCCCUUGUCCAUUUGUUUGUCAAUGAUACUGUCUCCAAUUCCACAUUCAUCCAGGAGCAACUUCGCAAGAGUUUGGAGACUCCUUUGGAGCGGAACAUUGGGGACUACGACGUGACACCCCAGACAAAUGGCUACGUAAUUGUUGUUAUUGCCAUAAUAGCUGGAACUAUGACCGUUAUCUUGGUGAUCUUUGUGACUGCUUUGGUACGUUGUCGACAGACACCUAGACACAAAGUUGUCCAGAAGAGUAAACAGAGUGGCGAGUGGGUAUCACCCAACCAGGAGGGUCGGCAGAUUAAAAAGAAAAAGAAGAAGAAGAAGAGGUCACCAAAAAGUUUGCUGCUGAAUUUCGUAACCAUUGAUGAAGCCAAGACCGAUGACCCUACUCACGAGCACAUCAAUGGCACCUUAGACCUCCCUGUUGAACUUGAGGAGCAGACAAUGGGAAAGUAUAACUGGGCUACCACACCAACUACCUUCAAACCCGACAGUCCUGACUUAGCCAAGCACUACAAAUCUGCUUUCCCUCAGCCAACAUUUCAGAUCAAACCAGAGACCCCUGUGGCUCCCAAAAAGCAUCAUGUCAUUCAGGAACUCCCGCUGGACAACACAUUCGUGGUGGGCUGUGACACACUCUCCAAGUGUUCCUCGAGCAGCUCCGACCCCUACAGCGUUUCAGAGUGCAGCUGUCAAGGGGGCUUCAAAGCACCUGGACAAAUCCACACCAGACAGAACCAGAGCCAGACUCCGGAUAAAACAUUCCCUGUUGUCCCAGCCAUGUGCCCCCACAAGCAGACGCAACGCCGCGUGACCUUUCACCUCCCGGACGGCUCUCAGGAGAGCUGCAGUGACAGCGGGCUCGGAGAGCAGGAGCCCAAUAGCGGUGCCAGCAUCACCCAGCCUCUGCCCUUAGGCUUCCCUCAGGAAGAGUACUAUGAACAGACCUCACCGAACAGCCGCACUGAGGGUGACGGCAACUCUGACCCCGAGUCCACUAUUGAAGUGAACCUGCAGAAAGCUCUCGCCGAGGCCUCGGAGACCUGUACCCAGGAAUGUCUGAUCCUGGGUCAUUCUGACAGCUGCUGGAUGCCGCCAGCGCUGACCCAAUUCCAGACAUCCGGCGCUGCCACUCUGCCCUCCUUUGGUUUUCAACAAAGCUGGGCACGGGGGACCAAGGCAGAUGGGCGUCACACCCUUGGCAGGUCAGUGCCCAGAGAUGAUCUGGACAAAGGGAGCAACCGCCCCCAAUUCUACAACACACUUGAGAGACACUGCAGCAAGAAAGAGGAUCCCAUCAAGGUCAUCCCACUAGCCAGCUUUUCCGCCACGUCCAGCUCUCAGAUGUCCACGAGCGGAGGUCCUUCCGCCUUCCUGCACGAGCAUCAGCUGUAGAAGUGAGGGUAGGCCUCAGAGCACUGCAUAAUGAGAGUGAUUGAAAUGGAAAAGCUGACGGGUUCUGAUCGUUAUUAGCAUGUGUCAAAUGUUUCAUGACACAGGAUGUUUCUAAACUCAGCAGAAGGGGAAGUUAAAGCAAAGGACGGUAGCUCUCGGUAUCCUCUGUGUAACUGAAACAUGUACAGUAGACAACUGGUAGAUAUAGACCAAAGUAGCUCCUCAAGUGAAAAAAAAAAUGGUGUGAAAUGUGUCUUAGUGACAGAUUAGUGGCAAGUGAAUUAAGCUUUACUGUUGAUCAAAAGGGACAAUAUAUAUAUAUCAUUCUUUUGUGCGCCUCUUGAAUGCAACUUAGCAAAUUACUUUUAAGUGUGUGCUGGCGGAAGAAAUCAUUGCAUAUGUUUACAUGUGCACUGAUAUUCUUAUAUAAUUAUAUAUAUAUUAAAAAAAAAAGCUAGUGGUUAUUUCCUUGUGCUUUGCACAUGAUCACAGACAUGCUUCUAAACAAAACAAUGCGUUAAGAACCGCAUUCGGAAUAUUACGAGGCAUGUAAGCGUAGUCAAUAAGGCUAAGUGUAAUGUGUGAGCACUGGGUGACUGCAGUAUUUCUUUCAGCUUUGGUGAGGUGCGUCGUUUCCAGCUGAAAUUCUGCCUGAGUCAGUUUUAUUCUGCUAAAGAGAAGAGUUCCAUGCCUCUGUAUGUGCUGCUUACUCUGUCAAGACUACAGAUACAGCUAUGCCUCUCUGCAAAAAUUAGCCUUGCUCAGUGUUAACACAUAGAAACUUUUAUGUAUUAGGGUACUUUUUUCUUCUUAUACUUUGACGUUAGCUCUUUUUCUCCCUGGUGAGCUUAGAGCCUUCCUCUGAUGUUCGGCAUGUUGGUAGUUUCCAUGUAUCUGACACCCUUUCUCUGCCAUUAUAAGAAACCCGCUUAUUUUCAACAUUUUCUCAUUAGCAGAGGCACAGACAUGACUAAAAAGACGUCCUUUGUUUUUUCGCACUACUAUAUCAAGUUUUUCUCUUCAUAUAUACAAUUUAUGCACCAUAAUAAGUGCUGUGGAACCAAUUACAAGAAUCUCCCAAUAGUAUAAUUACUUUGAUCAGUAAUCACCAUAACUGCUAUAGAAGCAGAACGCUGCUCUAUAAUAGCAUAAUUGGCUACCUUUUGAAUGUGUGUGUGCGUAUGCGUGUAUGGUGCGCACUUCUUUUUAAACUUGCGUAAGUGUUUGCAAGAUUUAGAUAUAACGAUGUCAAAGAAACAGCCUUAAGAUGUAAAUGUGUAUUGUAUGGAUGUAAUGACUGCUAAGUGAAGUAGAAGUUUGCUUACAAUCGUGUCAUUUUUUCAUCCAGUUCAUUCAAACAGAGACAUCAAGUAAUCCCACAGAUGCAGAUGCAGUGCAGGUUGAGAAAUCAGCACAAAUGUAAUACGACAACAGUUCUCCUUAGUAUAUACUAAUGACACAGAAAUAUUUGGGUCAGUGAUCCAAAAAAUUACUUCACUAUUAAAUAGUGUACGUGCCAGCAACAAGAAAUGUGUCACAGCGAGACGUGUUGGAGUGUGUUGCUCUUUAAUGCGAGAGAACUGGCAAUCACUCCAGCAGCAAUUUAAGAUCUGUUGAACACUCUUGAUUAAGAGGAAUAAUUGUGGAGUGGGACUCUAUUAAGAGAAAGUAGCGGUGGCCUGGUCUUUCGCACGAGCUUUUGCAUGUCUGCUAGCUGGGACGGUGUAAAAGUACAGAGUAUAAGGAUGGUGACUCAACUCCUAGUUUAAAAAAUAGAUCAGAAAAUACAUCAGAAACACUUGAAAGAAAAGGUCUGAAACACUAACAUCACCCAUAGUGUCUGUAUUGCUUAACACUGCUUGAUAAUCACUUCUUCUGUUCAUUCAAAACACAAUAGAAAACACCUACUUACAAAGGACAGAAAGAUCAUCAUCAAAUUUCCAAAGAUUAAAGACAGUGUUUUUUUGAAGAAGAGAGCUGUAGAGCUUCACAACACAUAUGAAAUAUAUUUGCAUAUUUUUUCAGAACUGCAUAGAUUUAGAGGUUUUACAUUCUUAAAGUCAACAGGAAAUGAAAAAAGACCCUGUUUACUCUCGUAAUGCAUGUCAGUGGGGUUUUUGUGAAUGAUUCAUCUGUAUGAAUGAUUCUUUAGGGUCUUUAUGAAAUGUCUGCGACAUACUUUGGUUAAAA